AUGACUCAACAUCUCCAAAAUCAAGCAGCUUGGCUGAAUGAGUCAAAAGCGACUUUGGUGGUUGGUCCUGCUCCUCACACACCUCCUGGUCCUGGUCAACUGGUCGUUCGCAACGCAGCCAUCGGCAUCAACCCAAUCGACUGGCUCAAGCAAUAUUUGGGUGAAAACAUCCUCCCCCACAUUCGAUAUCCCACUAUUUUCGGCGAGGACAUUGCUGGUACUGUCGUCGCUGUUGGUGAGGGCAUCACCCGUUUCAAGGUUGGUGAUCGUGUCCUUGCCGUCGCCGGUCUUAUUCCUUCGAACAAUACUCCUGAAGGUGCCUUCCAACACUAUACCGUCGCCCGUGAAUGGCUGACUGCCCCUCUGCCGCCAAAUGUUAGCUUCGAACAGGGCUGUGUCCUACCACUCGCCCUGAUCGUUGCUAGUCUUGGUCUUUUCGCAAGGGACUACAUGGGUCUCGAGCUGCCCACUGUUCCAGCCCGCCUGAAAGAUCCAUUCAGACGCCGAGUCGUGAUCGUAGCAGGUGGUGCAUCUGCUGUCGGUGGAACAGCCGUUCAACUUGCUGCUCAGGCCGGUUACGAAGUCGUUUCUACCUCUUCCCCGAAGAAUUUCGAUCUCGUCAAGAGUCUCGGCGCCUCGCAUGUCAUCGAUUAUCACGACUCGGAUGUGGCAGACCAGCUUCUCGAUGCUGUUCGUGGCAGCGAACUCGUUGGUGCUCUCUCACUGGGUGACGGCACUGCAGAUUACCUGGCUACCGUUCUGAACAGCCACCAGGGCCCUGUCAACAAGUUCGUUGCACGUGCUGAGGGCAAGCAUAACGUUCCCGAGGAUGGCGAGGUUAAGGUCAAGUUCAUCUUGAUCUCACCUCCAGUCAUCGGCCCAGAAACUCCUCUGAGACCUAUCUUCGAGGACUACCUGCCCAAGGCCCUGGUAGGGCAAUUCAUCCCAAGACCAACACCCGAAGUUGUGGGUAAAGGUCUUGAUCAAAUCCAGGGUGCAUUGGAGACUCUUCGCAAAGGUGUUUCAGCCAAGAAGAUCGUUGUUCAGUUGUAG